GAGGUUGCCUGCCUGCCUGCCUGCCUGCCUCGGGGAGGAGAGGCGAGCGAGGCGGCGGCGGCGGCCGGGAGCGAAAGGGAAGCGAAGGGGCGCAACUCGGCGGGGGCGCCUUUUGUGUCGCGUUCCUCGCCCGCCGCCGCCUGAGGGGAGACGCGGGCUUCUCCGCGCUGCAGCCCGGAUUUCAGGACCCAUCAUUCAUAGAUCAUACCUACUGCUGAGAGCUGGAAAAUCUGUUUAAGAUAUUUCCAGACUUUCUUUCUCAACAGAAUAUGACAGAUACCUAGCAUCCAGCAAAAGCAUGGCAGCAGCUUACCUAGAUCCAAACUUGAAUCACACUCCGAGUUCAAGCACAAAGACACACCUCAGUACUGGGAUGGAACGAUCCCCAGGGGCCAUGGAACGAGUCCUGAAGGUUUUCCAUUACUUUGAGAACAAUAGUGAGCCAGCAACAUGGGCGAGUAUUAUACGUCAUGGGGAUGCGACAGAUGUUUGGGGCAUAAUCCAGAAGAUAGUGGAUAGUCACAAAGUUAAGAAUGUCGCCUGUUAUGGUUUACGGCUCAGUCACCUGCAGUCGGAGGAAGUUCAUUGGCUGCAUCCAGAUAUGGGAGUGUCCAAUGUGAGAGAGAAGUUUGAACUGUCUCAUGCUCCAGAGGAGUGGAAAUAUGAACUGCGAAUCCGAUAUUUACCGAAGGGAUUUCUGAACCAGUUUACUGAAGACAAGCCAACAUUAAAUUUUUUCUAUCAGCAGGUGAAAAAUGAUUACAUGGUAGAAAUAGCAGACCAGGUGGACCAAGAAAUUGCCUUGAAGCUAGGUUGCCUUGAAAUCCGGAGAUCGUACUGGGAAAUGCGAGGCAAUGCACUAGAAAAGAAGUCCAACUAUGAAGUAUUAGAGAAAGACGUUGGUUUAAAAAGAUUUUUUCCGAAGAGUUUGCUGGAUUCAGUGAAGGCCAAAACACUCCGAAAAUUGAUCCAGCAAACAUUUCGACAGUUUGCCAACCUCAAUAGAGAAGAAAGUAUUUUGAAAUUCUUCGAGAUUCUCUCGCCAGUGUACAGAUUUGACAAGGAAUGCUUCAAGUGUGCCCUUGGUUCAAGCUGGAUUAUUUCGGUGGAGUUGGCCAUUGGUCCAGAAGAAGGAAUCAGCUACCUUACUGAUAAGGGUUCCAAUCCAACCCACCUGGCCGACUUCCAUCAAGUGCAGACCAUUCAGUAUUCAAGCAGUGAAGAUAAGGAUAGGAAAGGAGUGCUACAGAUGAAAAUUGCUGGAGCACCAGAGCCUCUGACAGUGACAGCACCAUCCUUAACCAUUGCAGAGAACAUGGCCGAUUUGAUAGAUGGCUACUGCCGACUGGUCAAUGGUGCUACACAGUCCUUUAUCAUCAGGCCUCAGAAAGAAGGAGAAAGAGCUUUACCAUCCAUACCAAAGCUGGCCAACAGUGAGAAGCAGGGGAUCCGAUCGCAUGCAGUCUCUGUAUCAGAGGAGAAAAGAGGAGAGAGGAAGAAAGAAGGAAGGAGAGAAUUAGACAUAUACGAAACAGAUGAUUAUGCAGAGAUUAUAGAUGAAGAAGACACUUACACCAUGCCCUCGACCAGGGAUUACGAGAUUCAGAGAGAACGGAUUGAACUGGGACGCUGCAUCGGUGAAGGGCAGUUUGGAGAUGUUCAUCAAGGAGUUUAUGUGACCCCAGAAAACCCUGCUAUGGCAGUUGCAAUCAAAACGUGUAAAAAUUGCACCUCAGACAGCGUGAGAGAGAAGUUCUUGCAAGAAGCCUUAACGAUGCGGCAGUUUGAUCAUCCCCACAUUGUCAAGUUGAUCGGCGUCAUCACAGAAAACCCCGUCUGGAUCAUUAUGGAGCUGUGUACUCUGGGAGAGCUGAGGUCAUUUUUGCAAGUAAGAAAAUACAGCUUGGAUCUGGCAUCUCUGAUACUGUAUGCUUAUCAACUUAGCACAGCGCUUGCCUACUUGGAGAGCAAAAGAUUUGUACAUAGAGAUAUUGCUGCUAGAAAUGUGCUGGUGUCCUCCACCGACUGUGUGAAAUUGGGUGACUUUGGCUUGUCCCGAUAUAUGGAAGAUAGUACGUAUUAUAAAGCUUCCAAAGGAAAACUGCCCAUCAAAUGGAUGGCACCCGAAUCCAUCAACUUCCGACGUUUUACCUCAGCCAGUGACGUAUGGAUGUUUGGUGUGUGUAUGUGGGAGAUUCUAAUGCACGGCAUCAAGCCGUUCCAAGGCGUGAAGAACAACGACGUGAUUGGGCGCAUUGAGAAUGGCGAGCGGUUACCGAUGCCCCCCAACUGCCCUCCCACACUGUACAGCCUUAUGACCAAAUGUUGGGCUUACGACCCCAGCAGGCGGCCAAGAUUUACAGAACUUAAAGCUCAGCUCAAUACGAUACUGGAGGAAGAGAAGCUGCAGCAGGAAGAACGAAUGAGAAUGGAAUCAAGGCGACAAGUUACCGUGUCCUGGGAUUCGGGGGGAUCAGACGAGGCUCCUCCCAAGCCCAGUAGACCCGGUUAUCCCAGCCCAAGGUCCAGUGAGGGUUUUUAUCCCAGUCCACAGCACAUGGUACAGCCAAAUCAUUACCAGGUCUCAGGCUACCCCAGUUCUCAUGGGAUUCCAGCAAUGGCAGGUAGCAUUUAUCCAGGGCAGACUUCUCUCUUGGAUCAGACAGAAACCUGGAACCAUCGGCCUCAGGAAAUCUCCAUGUGGCAACCCAACAUGGAGGAUUCCAGCAGUUUGGACCUGCGAGGGAUAGGGCAGGUUUUACCAACACACCUAAUGGAGGAGAGGCUGAUACGGCAGCAACAAGAAAUGGAGGAAGACCAGCGUUGGUUGGAAAAGGAGGAAAGAUUCCUGAAGCCUGAUGUGCGGCUCUCUAGAGGCAGCAUUGAUCGAGAAGAUGGGAGUCUCCAGGGUCCGGCAUCUAACCAGCAUAUUUAUCAGCCUGUGGGUAAACCAGAUCACUCUGCCCCGCCAAAGAAGCCACCUCGCCCAGGAGCUCCCAGCCACUUGGGCAGCCUUGCCAGUCUCAGCAGCCCCGUGGACAGCUACAACGAAGGGGUCAAGAUUCAGCCGCAAGAGAUCAGCCCUCCCCCGACAGCCAACUUGGAUCGGUCCAAUGACAAGGUGUAUGAGAACGUGACUGGCCUGGUGAAAGCUGUCAUAGAGAUGUCCAGCAAAAUCCAGCCAGCUCCGCCAGAGGAGUAUGUCCCCAUGGUGAAGGAAGUUGGUUUAGCACUAAGGACCCUUCUGGCCACCGUAGAUGAGACCAUCCCAGUGCUCCCUACAAGUACUCACAGGGAGAUCGAGAUGGCCCAGAAGCUCCUGAAUUCUGACCUGGCUGAACUAAUUAACAAGAUGAAGCUGGCUCAGCAGUACGUCAUGACUAGCCUGCAGCAGGAGUACAAAAAGCAGAUGCUCACAGCCGCUCACGCUCUGGCUGUGGAUGCCAAGAACUUGCUGGAUGUUAUUGACCAAGCCAGGCUAAAAUCCAUUGGCCAGUCCAGGCCCCACUAAAAGCAGAAAGUGGCGUUUGCAUCACGCAAUGUGGAAAGAAUUGCUCUUGUAAGGAGCGCUCGUUAGCCUUCCAGCAGCAAUGAGCAUCGCCUGUGUGUGGUCCUGGGUUUCAAGCAAUUCCCAUCCUGCUUAACCGAACGACACCUGUUGGCGCUCUCUCUUCCCUCAUCAUUCUUUAAAGCAAGGAUGGGCUCUUUUUUAAAUAAUCCCAAGGCCAAGAAAGGUCCGAGAUCCAAAACAUGGCAAUUUUCACAGAACUCUGUACAGACGCCUGAAUGGUGGGAACCAGUUUGAAAAGUUUCACAUCACAUGGAAUGUGAAUCGCUUCGAUUUGCCAAGACUUUACUUUUUAAAGAAAAGUCUCAGAUCUAGAACUAUCCAAGCUGCAGAACUGAGCAACAUAUUGUGAAGAAUUCUGGGAAACCUCAGGGCUGAGAAUUCUUGCCUGCAAUAUAUGGAUUGUCCAGACUGGAAUACUUUUUUUAUUAGAACACUUAAUGCCGCAAAAUGCUAAUCACGAUUUACAGAGAAAGAAGAUUAAAAAGCUAUAUUUUCAAAGUGUCAGUCAUAAACCAAAUCCCUCUUCAUCUGUUUCCCUCCCCAUUUCAUGUGGAUGUGUGUGAACCAUUGGAUCAGAACGUAGCCAUAGAAACAGAGAAUUUGGUCUCUCUUUGCCAGAAUAACGUGCCAGUUUUUGUAGCAAUUUUAUUUUCCUUGGAAGCAAAAAACAAAAAAAAGCUGCUUUGUACCAGAGCAACUCAAAAGCUGCGUUUAGAAGGAAAAACAAGUUCUGUAACCAUACAUGUUCCCCAUUUUUAUAUAAUUUAUAAAGAUUAAAGCCAUGAUGAAUAUUUUAAA